CUCACGUUAACACUUCCGUUUCCGGGAGGCAAGGAGACGCAACAUCAACAUUUCCUAACAGAUUUACCCUGUAAACUGUUAACAUUAACGCCGGAGCAAGAAGAUGUCGGGGCAGAAGCGUCCAGCUGACCCCAGCGGGCCCUCUUCCUCCGGUGCCCCCGCAGAGAAGCGGAGGGAGCGGGAUGGAGAGGACGGAGGUCCCGGUGUGAGCGCCGGAGCCGGAGGGAGCACCGCGGUGGAGACGGUCAUCAAGCUGGGAGGAGUGUCCAACUCGGAGGAACAAGACAUAAAAGCUCUCCAGGCUAAGAACCGAAAGUUGGGAGAAUCUCUCGAUCAAAGACAGGUGAUCGAGGACGAGCUGCGAGAGCGAAUUGAGAGACUGGAGACCCGGCAGGCCACGGACGACGCCAGUUUGCUGAUUCUGAACAGAUACUGGAACCAGUUUGAUGAGAACAUCCGGCUCCUCAUCCGGCGCUAUGACCAAGCGAGCAGCGAACCGGAGAAAUCUCCAACAGGCGAGGGACGCAGCCUGAAGCCGGAAACUCCAGAACCCGAUGGAGAUUCGAACCAGGAGCGGGCCAAAGACAGAGGACAUCAAGGGGAGACGACAAACUCCUUUUUGGCCACGCUGGCGAGCAGCACCAGCGAGGAGAUGGAGGCCGAGCUCCAGGAGAGGGUGGAGUCCAGUCAGAAGCAGGCCAAUCGUGUGGUGGAGAUCUACAGGAACCUGAAGAGCACCUUGGACCAGCUGAAAGCAGAGCUUGACUCAGGGACUGAGGGUGGUCUGAAGCAGGUCGCAGCCAAGCUAAACUCCCUCCUGAGCCGGGAAAACGAGCUGCUUCAACAGCUGACCGAGGACCUCAAACAGAAACACAGCCACAUGACCAACGAGUCCCGGUCGUUGGGCCGGGCGGCUAACAAAGCCGACCAGCGCGUCAGCGAGCUGCAGGCUCGGAUCGAGGAGCUCCAGUGGGACAUGGAGAAGAUCCGCCGUCGAGAGAACAGGCUGAAUGCCCACCUGAGUGAAAUACUGGAGAGGGUGAACAGCAAAGGCUACAAAGUGUGUGGCGAGGCCAGCAGUGUGUGUGGAACCAUCACCAUUAACAAGAGAAAGUUUGAGGAGAUGAACAGCGAGUUGGAGGAGAACACGGAACUGGCAGAAAAUCGUCUGGUUGAGCUGCAGAAGCUCCAGCAGGACCUGCAAAACGUCCAGCAGGAGAACAACAGCAUGAAGACGGAGCUUGUGAGUCGAGCUGAGGGCCUGGUGAAAGAAUCCUCAGAGUAUCGCUGUCUCCAGUCCCAGUUUUCCGUGCUCUACAACGAGUCCCUGACCCUCAAGGCCCAGCUAGACGAAACCCGGGCUCGUCUCAACACUACCCGCACGGCUCGCCUCAGACAGCUGGAGCACAUGGAGAACGACGAGGUGGCUCUGCAGAGGAAGGUCCGCACCGAAGUGUUUCAGCUGGAGGACACGUUGGCUCAGGUCAAGAAGGAGUACGAGAUGUUGCGCAUUGAAUUUGAACAGACUCUUGCCGCCAACGAGCAAGCAGGUCCCAUCAACAGGGAGAUGCGUCACCUUAUAAGCACGCUGCAGACACACAACCAGCAGCUGAAAGGAGAGGUGGUGAAGUACAAGCUGAGACUGAGAGAGACCCAAGCUGAGCUCCACCAGAUCCGUGCCUCGAAGGGCAGCGCCGUCCUCCAGUCGCAGUCGAGCACGGAGAUGGACGUGAAGGACGAGAUGACCUCUCCUUCGACCCCGGCCGUUUCUGGAGAACCCGCGGUCAAAGCGGAGCCGGACAACGGCUCCUCCACACCCAGCAGCACCGGGAUUUCAGUGAAAACAGAACCUGGAACUGAACCGGAUGCAAACAUAAAAGAGGAGGAAAAAGAGGAGAGAAAGGAGAAGGAAGAGAAGAAAGAGAAAGACUUUAUAAAGAAAGAGGAGAAAGACAGGGAGAGAGAACGGGAGAAGGAGAAGGAGAGAGAGAGGCCCACCCGGAGCAGCAGCAGCAGCAGCGGGAUGAAGGAGGAGAGGGAGAAGCCGGGCGUCAGCAGCCAGCAGGAGGAGACGGCCGGGGAUCGGCUCGCGAUGCUCGGAGGCUCAAAGAGGAAAGAGAUGGAGCAGCUGAAAAUCGUCCGAGCAGAACUAAAGAAAGCCCAAGAGUCCCAGAGAGAGAUGAAGCUUCUGCUGGACAUGUACCGAUCAGCACCAAAGGAGCAGAGGGACAAAGUCCAGCUUAUGGCUGCAGAGAAAAAGACCAAGUCAGAGGCAGAGGAGCUGCGGCAGAGGCUGCGGGAGCUGGAGGAGAGGGAGAGAAGGGAGGGCAAGAAAAUGGCGGACGAAGAAGCUCUGAGGAAGAUCCGCUCAGUCGAAGAACAGAUCGACAUCCUCAACAAGAAGCUGUCCAUCGCCAAACAGGAGGAAGACGCGCUGCUGAGCGAGAUGGACGUUACGGGCCAGGCCUUCGAGGACAUGCAGGAACAGAAUAUCCGCCUCAUGCAGCAGCUCCGAGAAAAGGACGAUGCCAACUUCAAGCUGAUGAGCGAGCGGAUCAAGUCCAACCAGAUCCACAAGCUCCUGAAGGAGGAAAAGGAAGAGCUAGCCGACCAACUGCUAACUUUAAAAACACAGGUAGAUGCACAGCUGCAGGUAGUCAGGAAGCUGGAGGAGAAGGAGCGCCUCCUGCAGGGGACUAUUAGCACUGCGGAGAGAGAGCUGGGACUUCGAACACAAGCUUUGGACAUGAACAAGCGAAAGGCUCAGGAGUCGGCGCUGCUGUCGGAGGAGCUGCGCGCUCAGCUGGAGCAGGUCCAGCAGAAGCUGAAGCUGGUCAGAGAGGAGGUCGUUGAGAACAGCAUCUCCAGAGAGAAGGAGUCUUUCAAUGCCCGGCGGGCGCAGGAGGACAUCUCCAAGCUUAGGAGAAAGAUUGAGAAGGCCAAGAAACCGGCUGAGAAGAUAAGCAACGGAGAUGAGAUCCUGAACGAAGAAAUAAAUGAGUACAAGGCUCGGCUGACGUGCCCGUGCUGCAACUCCCGGGUGAAGGAUGCCGUCCUGACAAAAUGCUUCCACGUCUUCUGCUUCGAGUGCGUCAAGACGCGCUACGACACCCGGCAGAGGAAGUGCCCCAAGUGCAACGCCGCCUUCGGGGCGAACGACUUCCAUCGCAUUUACAUCGGCUGAAUCCACCCUCUCUCUCUUCCAGUCGGGAUGAAUAGGAGCCGUUGCCUGAAGCGAGAGUCGGCGCUGCAGUCGUGUGAUCUAGUCUUUUUACUGGAUGCUAUAUUAAGUGCGGUCACUGCAUGAUUUCAGCAGCUCUCUGAGUGAAAGACUUUAUUAAGUUUUUUUUUUUUUUUUCCCACAAUAAGUGAAACAUUCCCAUCCAAUAGUCCACUACUACACUGAUGUUCUCUGGUGCAGAAGGAAUGGUUUUAUACUGAAUGAGUGGUUGUCUGCUUGCAUUUAAAAAAAAAAGAAAAAAGGAUAAAGAAAUGGACAAAAAAAAACUGCACUGAAAGAAAGAACAGCAUUUCUCUUAGCUUUGCAGAUGUUUAUAUGAGGGGUGUGUGUAUGUGUUUAUUGUAAAUGUUUUUUUUUUUUUAUUAUUAGAAAUGAUAAUUGUCCUGCCUCCAAACUCUUUUAACAUCUCAUGCGUUGCUGUGGUGUAUGUGAUGUUCAGCUAGGUAUUAAACUGAUAUCAGCCUGAUUCCAGCUCCUAACUUUUCAAUGCUCGGCUCACUCUACAGUUAUUAAAAAAAAAAAAAAAA